AUAUCAGUUAUAGCAAGCCUAGCUCCUCUUUCCCGUUUUGUCAACAAAAUUUUGAAAUUCCAUCACCAUGCUGGUGAGCUGCCCGUUGGCUUGUCCAGUUGAGAAACUGGUCACGGAACUCAAGAAGCACCACGUGAUUCCCCGCCUGCUUGCCUGCAAGCCAACAAAGGUGAUCAGUGUGCUAUAUCCCUGCGAUAUCGACAUCAAGCCGGGCAUUAUGAUAGUGAUUAAUGAGACGCUGAAGCAACCGAUCAUUCGGUUCAAGGCCGAUCCGGAGCACUUUCACACGCUGAUGAUGGUCGACUUGGACGUGCCGCCGGACAAUCAUACGGAGUGGCUCAUUUGGAUGGUGGGUAAUAUUCCGGGCUGCGAUGUCGCCAUGGGGCAGACGCUUGUCGCCUACGACAACCGGCGGACCAUCCACGGCAGUAACGUCCAUCGUAUCGUCUUCCUGGCCUUCAAGCAGUAUCUGGAGCUCGAUUUCGACGAGACUUUCGUUCCCGAGGGCGAGGAAAAGGGUCGUGCCACCUUCAAUUGCCACAAUUUUGCAAGAAAGUAUGCGCUGGGCAAUCCGAUGGCUGCCAAUUUCUAUCUGGUGGAAUGGUUGUGGCGAUGGACACCAACUUUCCUUGUCUCGGAACAUGAAUUCGAACAUUUGAAUGAAAAUGAAAAUGAAUAAAA